UGGGAAAGAAUGUGAGGAAUUCAUUUCCUGUCGAGCUGCUCUCACAGUGAAGGAGACAAGGAGUCAUGGCCAAGUAUGAAGCUCCUCUCAGGAGCAUGAAGGAGGUGCACCGCUGACUCUUGCUUUUGUUGGAUUUCUGUCUCCGCUCUGCUCCACAGGAUUUCUGCUGGAGGAGGAGGUGCAGCAUGGCUGAGCCCCUGCUGAAGAGGACCUUCUCCAGAUUAAGAGGCAAAGACAGGAGUCGCAGGAAAACUGACCCCAAACUGAGCGAUGUUCAGGUCUUCUCUGAAACCACACAGACUUCUUCCUCACCAUCAUCUCCAACUCUGUCAACCUCACCCAGAACAUCAACAGCACCAAAAUCAGAGCCCCCCUCGCCUCCUCGGAGCAAUAUCACUGUUGCUAAGAAACAGCAGUGGGCGCGGCAGGGAGCAGCAGGUCAGCUCUCCUGUCUGAGCUCUGCCCCCAAGCCCUCUGACUGGCAACCAUCAGGGGUGUUACAGGAUGCAUCUGAACCAAUCUGGACCCAGAGGUUGGGACUGGACCAGAACCAGCAGUCUCUUGACAGGACGCCUCGCUGUUUUCCUGUCACCCCGACGCAACUGGAAGCCUCCCAGCCUACAGGGGGCUUCAGUGACAUUCCCACGUCUGUUGUCAGCAACAAACUGUCUGGCCAGCGUGCCUACUUACAGAGCUUGGACCGCAGCAGCCGAGCAUGGGUCUUGUCUUCAGGAAAGUCUCAGGCUGCAGAAGAUGUGCGUGGUCCUCUGGAGGACCGAAGCAGCAACAUCUGGUACAAUCCCAUCCCUGAGGAGGAAGAUGCAGGAGGCCCACACAAAGAGGAGGAGGUAUGGAGGAAAAGGGAUGAAAAGGUGGAAGGGGGACAAGCAGGAAUGUCUGAUCCAAAAAAAGGAGAUUGUUGCAGUGAGUGUCCACUGGAGGGUGCCACCUCAAAGACCAGUCACCAGACGAAUGAUGUAAAAACAGAAACCACAGAUUCUCCCCCUGCAGACACAAGCCCCGCCUCUCAGAAAAAAGGGGGAGGGUCUGGUAGUGUGAUGGACAGGUUGAGGUCUCCUGGUACAGUGAGGAGACUCUCUUUAAAGAUGAAAAAACUACCUGAGCUGCGUCGAAAACUCAGCCUUCGUUCAUCUUCCCGUGCUCACCGCCAGGGAAGCAACAGUACAGAAGGGGAUGAGUCAACCAAUAAGAAUGCAGGAUCAUCUUCAGUGCUGUCCAACCAGAAUGUCAUCAGCAGAUAUCAUCUGGAUAGUUCUGCACCCCCAGCCAGACCGCUGAGACGGUCGUCCAGACGUUCAGGCAGCAAAGGAGGGUAUCUUAGUGAUGGAGAUUCCCCUGAGCUGCUGCCACGGCAACAAGGCCCUGAUCUCGCAUCACACCACGAACCUCCAUGUGAUGUGAGUUCAUUUCAGCUGUAUGUGGGUUCUGAUCCACCAAGGUGCAGCCAGAGGAUUACGGGUUUACUGACCAUCCACUUGCUGGGUCUGGAGGAGAUGAAGACCACCAGGUCAGAAGACAGUAAAGAGGUCUUCUUAGCCAUCCAGAUUGAUGGAGUGACUAGAGCGAGGACUGCCCUACUGACCCUACGAGGCCCUGCCCUCCCAUUAAACCACACCUUUCACCUUGAGCUGGAGAGGGCCCGGCAGCUCCGUGUUGUGGUUUUAACACCAGCCUGUCUGUCAGCAGUGGGAGGAGCUAAACCCGGGAGCGACCAGAGUCAUCUGUCAGAAGGUUCUACCAGGAACCGAGUGUGCUGCCUGGGUGGCGUUUCCAUCCCGCCACUCUUUAAAGGGAGUCGUAGUCAGCAGCUCUGUGUGAAGCUGGAGCCCAGGGGACUUCUUUAUGUCAAAUUGUCUUUACAGGAAAAAUGGGAUGCCCAGCAGCACCGUGGAGAUGCAUCUGCACCUACCAAUGUGUUUGGGGUUGAAUUGCACCACCUGGUGGAGAAAGAGAAAUCUGCAACUCCGGUGCCCCUGGUGAUCCAGAAAACGGUGGCUGAAAUUGAGCAACGGGGACUGAAGGUGGUGGGUCUGUACCGACUGUGUGGUUCUGCUGCUGUGAAGAAAGAGCUCAGAGACUGGUUUGAGAGGAACAGUUCGGCUGUCUGUCUGUCAGAGGACCUCUACCCCGACAUCAAUGUCAUCACAGGUAUUCUGAAGGACUACUUGCGUGAGCUGCCAUCUCCUCUUAUCACCAGGACUCUAUAUCAAGUAGUCCGAGAGGCCAUGAAACAUCAACCCCCUCCUGUGGCCUCUGACCCCCAGCUGGCCCAAAGCACAGUUCAGCUUCUGUCCUGUCUGCCAUCUCCAGAGAAGGCCACACUCUCCCUCCUGCUGGAUCACCUCAGCCUGGUGGCGUCCUUCAGCUCCUUCAACAGGAUGACCCACCAGAACCUUGCAGUCUGCUUCGGCCCAGUACUCCUCACGCCAACCCAGGAUGUGUGGAAAUCAGGAGGAACAGGGAGAGCAAGUAGAGGAAUUGGGAAGGUCUUCAGUCCUGGUGAUGAGAUGGCGAGUGCGGUAGACUUCAAACGGCACAUUGAGGCAUUGCACUACCUCCUGCAGCUGUGGCCAGUGCCGACCCAUCAAGUUCCAGCAGACAGCUACAGUGAACCCACCCCUCCGACCUCACCCAUUCUUACCCAGAAUCCCCUGGGCCGGUUGUCACAGCAGCGCCGACCUGUCAUGCGACUGGCCCUGUCUCCGAACCUGGAAGGGGAGGUAGUGGUAUCACGUCGAGGGCGAAGCGGAUUGACCCGGAUGGAGAGUCCACCGCCAGUGAACCGAUAUGCUGGAGACUGGAGUGUCUGCGGCCGCGGGCUUCUGUCUGGACAGGAAGCUGACUACGAUGAGGUGGCAGGAAGUGAGAGUGAUGAAGGAAGUGGGGAAGAGGAGGAGGGAGAAGCACAGAAGCAGGUGUGGUCCUCAGGGGUGGCAGGAGGUGGUUUGUUUGUAGACGAGUAUAUGGAUUUUGAUGCUCCAUUCAACUGCCGACUCAGCUUAAAGGACUUCGACACCCUGAUCCACGACCUGGACCGAGAGCUGGCCAAACAGAUCAACAUCUGUCUGUAGAGAAGAAGGACCUGUCUGUAAGCUAGUGCCACAGUGAUGGUGAUGAUGAAGAUAAUCAUGGUGAUAUUAGAACACAUCAAUUGUUUUUACGAGAAAACUUUCAGAUAUUUUGUCAUUUGUUUUUAUCCUUGAAAAUGAUCUUAAUGCAGAUUUUAUUUUCUGUUUGGGAGGAAAUGAUCUCAGAUCAAUUUAUUUAUAACUGGUGCCCAACCAUAAGCAUUGACUAUUCAGUCGUUUUUAACAAUCACAGUUUGUUUUAUCAUUUCAAAGAUUUAGCGACAUUCGUUUAAAGGUUCACAUGUGGAAAAAAAGAUUACUAGACUUUUUAGAUAAAUAAAAUCAGCUAAUAAUCAAAAUGCUUUUAGAUGUAGAAAAGAACAAAAUACCUAAACUAACAUUACAUGACUCUUUCUCAUUCAGAGUGCAGUUUCCUCUAAAAGAGUAAACAUGAGAAAAUCAUCAAAUGUCACAAUUAUCUGAAGCUUUUCUCAGCAAGAAACACAUUUCUAAUGAAAAGACAAACUGAAACUUUUUCAGGUGAUCCUGAAGUCUGUGUUGAAAUACUGACAUCAGGCAGGAAGAAGUUUGACUUUUCUAAAAACAAUCAGCAGAACAUCGAACCAGGACCAGGCUGUGCUGUGCCAAAAGAAGCAGUACCAAACUAAUGCAUAUGUUCCCAAAGGCAGGAGAACCUGCAGAAGAUUCUCACUGCAGGUUCCAUCUUGACAUUAGCAGGAGUCAUGCCCAGGGCUCUUAUGGGUCAGGCAGAAUGUAUUCACGUUGGUUCCUGGUGAAUGUGUUCUGUUACACGGUACUUUCCUUUCCAGAUCAGUUCUGUAUGUAUGUAGUCCCACUGAAUGAACAGGUAUACUUUGGUUGAAUCGGAAAAGGGUAGAAUGCCUUCUCCAGGUCAGGGAUGAGGUCCUGCCUCAAGUGGAAGAGUUAAAGUAUCUCAGGGUCUUGUUCACAAGUGAGGGAAAGAUGGAGCUGGAGAUCAAUAGGUGGGUUGGUGCUGCAUCUGCAGUGAUGCGGGCGCUGUACCGGUCUGUCGUGGUGAAAAGAGAGCUGAGCUGGAAGGCAAAGCUCUCGAUUUAUUGGUUGCUCUACGUUCACCCUCACCUAUGGUCACGAGCUUUGGGUAAUGAUCGAAAGAAUGAGAUCGCGGAUACAAGCGGUCGAAAUGAGUUUUCUCCGCAGGGCGGCUGGGCUCUCCCUUAGAGAUAAAGUGAGAAGCUCAGUCAUCUGGGAGGGGCUCGGAGUAGAUUCGCUGCUCCUCCACAUCGAGAGGAGCCUGUUGAGGUGGCUCAGGCACCUGUAUGGGAUGCCUCCUGGACGCCUCCCUGGUGAGGUUUUCUGGACAUGUCCAACCGGGAGGAGACUUAAAGAGAGACCCAGGACACGCUGGAGGGACGACAUCUCUCAGCUGGCCAGGAAACGCCUUGGGAUUCCCCCGGGAGAGCUGGCCCAAGUGGCUGGGGAGAGGGAAGUCUGGGCCUUCCUGCUUAGACUGCUGCCCCUGCGACACAAACCCGGAUAAGCGGACGAAAAUGGAUGAAUAGAUAUUGGUAGAAAUUCGAAGCUAAUUGUGACUAAAGAACUAUUUGCUUCAUUUCUACAGAACACUUCAAACACAAUAUUUCUACCCUACUUCACAAGGUGCAGAGAGGAACCAAAUCUCUGAGUGGGUAGAGCUACAUUUAAUGAGUUCGAGGGAAACAACUUUCCAAUGAGUCUGAGUUAAACCAAAACCUGUUCAGAUCACAUGGAACUAAAGAUUUUGAGAAAAAAAAGACUGAUGAUGGAUAUCAGUCAGAAAAUCAUCCAGUUGAAAAGCAGGAAUAAACCAAAGCUCCAGACGUUGUGUCUCAGUGCCAGCCUGCAUGGUGAACUUGUCUACGUGAAGGUAGUUCUACCUGUACUGAGCUGGGCUGAGCUGUAGCAUACCAUGCAACCAAAACAAAGGUAAAACAACCAGAUCAUACAAUCAAUCAUAUUCAAUCUUUGACCCUGGCUGACUCUUGGUUCUGGUUGGGUGUUUUCAGCCCACUUUGACUUAAUUUGAUCUUGUUUGAUUGACCUUCUAGGACUCGUUUGACCUUGAUCGACCCCGUUUGGUGCUGACUGAACUUGUUUGACUCACUUUACUCUGUUUGAACUUGGUUGACCUUGUUGAACCUGUUUCACGCUGAUCUUAUUUGACUUUGUUUGACCCUGGCUGACCUUUUGCACUGUUAAGGCCAUAUAUUCACAUGUUUAAAAACUGGUUUUUGAAGUGAAGAAGCUGCAGAUGUUGCUGCACUGCUGCCUCACGGGGACAGCAGAGUGUUUUGGUAUUUCAUGGUACAGUCUUUCUCACUGUGAGCUUGUGAAGCCAUUUGUUUUUGUUUUGUUUUGUUUUGUUUUUUUUGGGGGGGGGGGGGGGGGUUGACAGUAUUACUUUAUUUUGCACACUUUCAGUAAGCACUUAUGUUUUUACUGAUGAUGAUGAUGUUUCUAUGCAAAUGAUGUAACCAAAGUGUUAAAGCACAGUUCCAGUUGGAGCAACUAUAGCGGCCUGUUUGUUUAUUUUUCAGCAAAUUCAGAAAUUAAACACAAUAUUGUUAUUAAAAUAAUUAAUUUAA